UGCACUUGUAACUAUUUCCUACACGAUCAUUUUGGAUAAUCCUGUUUGUUUGGUGCUCUGGGGAUGUUAAUUCCACCUAUCACUUGUGUACCUUCCUCGCCCACAGCUGCUUAACACCGCGCUCAUUUCUCUUAACCACUCGUGUAUCAACCAUCUGCGCUGGAAUAACAGGAGUUUCUAUUUCUCAGGAAAAAAGGGGGCCCUUUUAUAAGAAGGGUGUCUUCUUCUCUUUAUUACAUUUACUCUGUGCACAGAACUGACAUCUGCUAUAUUCAUGUUCCACAAAGUCCCCUGUGGGCUUCAGGAUGAAUCUUGGGGGGCUGCUGGUUUCUCUCUGUCUCCUGCUGGCUGUCAGUGCUGAGGGAGACCCCAUUCCAGAGGAGAUGUUCAAGAAGAUCUCAGAGGGAGCUGUCACUUCCAUUUCUGAAUUACGGAGGGUGCUGCAGAUAGAUUCCGUAGACGAUGAGGAUGAUUUGAACUAUGCAUCCAUUCAUCAAACAAGAAGUUCGCCCACGAACAGUUCCAGUCAUUCCCGGGUCAUUCGCAGCUUAGAUGCAGAAAAAGCUGUCAUUGCAGAGUGCAAGCCUCGUGUAGAAGUGUUUGAGAUUUCUCGCAAGAUAGUGGACCCCACUAAUGCUAACUUUCUGGUGUGGCCCCCAUGCGUUGAAGUUCAGAGAUGCUCUGGAUGCUGCAACAGCAAAAAUAUGCGAUGUGCCCCAACGAGGAUCCACGUCCGCCAUGUUCAGGUAAAUAAAAUCUUCAUAACCCCAAAAGGGAAAAAACAAGUGAAGGUUGUCGUUCCUUUAGAGGAUCAUCAUGACUGCAAGUGUGAACCUGUCCCUUCGUCUGCUGUAAGGAUCCACCAUCCUCCACCCGAGACCAAGAAAGCAGAACCUCCCCCAAGCACUAUGGCUCCUGUUCCUGCAUCUCAAAAGGAAGAGCAACCACUGCGACCACAUAAGAAAAAAAAUAGAAAAUUCAAGCAUUUACCUAGCAAGAAAGAGCAGAGAGAGCUUUUAGUCACGUAGUGAUCACUGAAAAAGCUUUUUAUAUGGGUUACUGGACAGGCUCCAACCCAAUGGAACAAACCUGGCCCCUAUGGGGCUCUCCAAUGCUCAUUUCCGAGCCUCUGCUUUAAAUAACUCCUCAAGGUGCUUUUUGGGGCACAAAGGACAAAGGACUGUGCCUCCACUCCGCCCACUGCCCUCUUAGUGUGUCCCUGACACCAAGAUUACAACUUAAGCGUUUUUUUCUUGGCUGCAAAUAAUACUCAGAAACCACUAACACAAAGUGACUGCAUAUCUGGGCUGAUGAGAAUGUAAAAGCAAAAAGCUCAUUUUUAACUCACUGGAUGUAUAGUGCCACCUUAUUUAAUAUGUCUUUGUUUUGUAUUUUUAUACAUAUAUAUAUAAAUUUAUAAAUAUUUUUGUAAAAAGUGGUUUCCUUUGCUGAAGUUGCACGAGGCAGAACAGAGUCUGGAUACAAGGAAUGGGACUUAGUGCUGAGAAAUUCUUUCUGUUUUAUUUUAUUUUGUUUUAGGGCCACAAUAGUCCAUUCAGCAAAAAACAUUAGCUAUAAGUUAUAUGAUUCCAGCUGGUGUCCUGUUGGCAAUGUAGGUAGCCAAGGUCAAGGCCUUGACCCCAUGCCCUCACUUUGAGAUAGGGUGGGACAAUCCAGGCUGUAAAAAUCUCUAAUGCCAUCAAGAAAUUCCACACUAGGCAAUGACUGAGUUCAGCAGGAUGUUUAACUUCUCCUGAUCCUUUCAUAUUCUAUGGAACCUCCAACUUCCAAACAUCUACAGCCUAAAAUAAAUCCUUUCUAUAAACAAACAUAGGAGUUUGGCAGAAUGCUCUCACACUUAUGUUACAUGCGGGUGCCUUUCCUCUCCUGUUUGUAGCCAAAAACACCAUUUUUUUCUCUACAUGGCCCUGAAUUCCUCUCUCAGUUAAGCUUUAACUUAUUUUUCAUUCUUUUCCUGUAUUAUAAUAUUAUUUUUUUAUCUUCCUCUUUGAAACAGCUCUGUCUGCCUAUAAAACUCAAGAAUACUUGUUAAUUGUGUAAAGUAAUUUAUAUUCAGUAUUUAAAUUGUACAGAAACCAGAAUUCUUUUAAUUUGUAUUAAAAAAUGAAACUGU